AUGAUAUCUUCUUCUUUAUCUUCAUCUUCUUCUUGCAAUCAUAAUGAUGACAAUAGUAGUAGGCUUGUUCAAAUUAGACUAGUAUGGGUAUUGAGUAAUCAAUACCUAAGAACUAAAAUAUUUGAAUAUGUCAGAUGGAUUCAUAGAGGGUUUGAAAUAGACCGAUCUGCAUCAAGACACAAAGAAGAGAAUAUUAAAAAGUACUAUUACUUUUGUAAUCCAAAGAGCAAUGCCCAACUAGAGAGUGGUGGUCAAUCACUUACUGAAAUGCUUUGUUAUGGUCGUGGAGACCUCUUUAUCAAGUACUUGCCAAAGUAUCUGGAAAUAGUACCAAAAGAUGAAGCUAGAAAGGCAAUGCAUCAUUUUUGGCAAUUGGCAAUUGCUCGUGUGGCCAGUGUCACUGUGUUGAGGUGUAUCAUGACUAGUGAAUUAAUCUAUUUGGAUACUCAUCAAUCACUUCGAACAUUGUCACAAUGUGUUCAUCGGUAUUACAAAAAAGUACCAAACAAAGACUUUCAAAGUACACCAAUGCAUUGGUAUAUCAACAAUCAAUAUUUAAUUAAAUUAUUAUUUAAAUUUUCAACAAAAUUAUUAAAUCAUCAAAUAAUAAUAGACUUUAUUAAUCAACAAGAAAAACAAGAAAAACAACAACAACAACCAUCGACUACAUCAUCAUCCACUUCUUCUUCAUCUUCUUCAUUAAAAUUAAUUCAAAUAUUUGAAAAAUAUAAUAUAAUUAAUAUAAAAUGGAAGGAUGUAUGGUUUAAUGCUGUUACAGUAAAAGAUUAUCAAGUUUUGGAUUAUGCAACUGAUCGUUUAAAGAGUGCUACGGUGAUCACUGCAAAGAUGGUUAAUUAUAUUAUAAAGUAUGGUGAUUUACAAUUGUUAAAGAGGUUGUUAUUAAAGUAUACCCUUACAAAAGACCAGAAUACCAUUCACACUAUACUACAUUCCAAACUUGCAAGCCAACAUGCAAAAGAGUAUAUAGACACUCUUUUCGCGUUGAAUCAUCCAAGGUUGGCUCAAAAUAAUUGUUUUGGUAACCAUAUUAGAUCAAUUGACUAUAAAAUAUUGACAACCGACCUUUUGGAUUUGGUUCUAAACCCUUACCCCGACCCAACCGACCUUUGGGCACAUGUCAAUGUAGGAUUAGUUCGGUCAUUUGCGCGCUCUUCAAUCGAGUUGUUAGAGUACUAUCUAGAUUUGACAAAAGAUAAGUAUGUUGACCACGAUUGGAGCCAACUACUCAACGAAACACUCAAAUAUGGCAAUGAAGAGAUGUUUGGAUGGGUAUUGACUCAUCAUAAUGCAUACCCUUUUAAAAUAGAGUAUAUCCCCAGUGGAGCACACAACGAUUGUGAUGACCAGGUAGUGGCAAAAUACAUGAAGAUGGUUUGGAGUGUGUUUGAAAAAGCAUCGAAUUUACAAUUUGAUACGAUUGAUAUUUGUCCAUUCCUCAGUCACCCACACCCCAUCAUGUGGCAAAUACUCGACAUACUCGGUACCUUUUUCAACAAGACUACCCACAGUUAUUUCAACGGCUACCGUAUUCUAGAGGCUGCAGCAUUACACUCUUUAGAGAUUUAUCAAAAGACGACCAAUCUAUUUGCUAAUCAGUCUAGAUUAAUCCGACCAAACUGUCUCAUUGCCAAAAGCAUCGCCAAUGGUAACCAAGCCCAACUGCUCGAGAUGAUCUGGCACUCAAAUGAAUCUCAUUGGGAAGAAAUCAUCAAACUUUGUUUUCAAUUGGCACUUGACAAACUCGACCGAAUCAAUCGACAAAUCAUCCGACACUACUAUGAACCAGCAGCACAAGUACAAUUAAAACAGGCACUUUGUGAAAGAAAAGCUACCAUGACCUUGUUUCCAGUGAUUUUCAAUCAUCUAGUACCUGGCAAGGAGGUUUGUAGAUUCAUUCAUAUACCCUAUACUAUUGAAGUGGAAUCUGUUGAAAAUCUAUUCAACGAUCCAUCCGAAAAUGAUAAAUCAUUUUGGUCAAUGUUUAUAGAGUACCUUGACAAAUCCGCCAGUUUUUUCACAUUCGAUCAUAUGGUCCCUGAACUCGUCCAUUUAAUCGACAUGUCUAGGAAAUUGGGUCAUAUCAAAAUGAUUAAUCUACUUUCCGUUGCACAAUUAAGAAUAUUAACUUUAAAUAAAAAUAAUAAAACAUAA